AUGCCACGCAGAACCGCAAUAUCAGCCAAUCAAAAGAUGGCUCUACACUUUCAUAAAUUGCAAAAUCCCAUCCUCAGCAACAAGGCCUUAAGACAUCAGUUUGAGAGGCUAUACAAUCAAAAGAUCACAUAUCCUCCGUCUCUUGAGAUCCUUUCUUCAUACUCUGAUGACGGGAGUGAUGAGGAUGAGGAUAUGAAUGCAGAAACCCUUCCAUGGAUUACGGCUUCGAAGGCUUUUGGAUUUGGUAAAAAGGCUUCACUUGUAUGA